AUGACAACUUCAGGUCCCGACUGGGUCGGCCAGGAAUGGUUGCAUGGGGAGAUAGCUCCGUGGUUGGGAGCGGAGGAAACCCUCCGACGCACCUGCAGUGUGUGCCGAGCAUGGCGGCAUUGGUGCAACAACUACCUGACCGUCUUACACAUCGGCAAUGACCACCAGCGCCUCCACGGCAGCAGCUGCAGCGCCAGAACAGCGGGGCUCUCGAUCCCCCUCUUUCUGCCGCUGGUCCCCUUUGCUCUGAGAGAGCUUAGCAUGUCCGGCGGGUGGACUUCCCUCGGGGGGGUGGAGCUCGGCACCAUCCGGAGAGGCUGUCGUCUCAAGAAGCUCGUAGUCACGGGAAUGCGGUUUGCGGCGACUCUCAAGAGGCUCGUGGCGGUGAAGACGAGGCUGUGGAACCGGUGGGACCUGUCGACGUUCGCCGCGCUAACGUCGCUCGAGGUCUCCUUCGCGGGGAGGGCCAUGCUCAAGCAGCUCCCCCGCAAGGCGGAGAUGGGGAGCAGACUGGCGGAGCUGUGUGUUUGCGAUCUCGCACUUCGCAACCUCGUUCGUCCAACGGAGCUAACGGAGCUCGCAGAGGCGGUCGGCGGGGCCUCGACGUUUCGACUGCGGCGGGUCGACGUUGUCAAGGAAGUCCCCAACUUCGCCUAUCUGCGCGCCAUCUUCGGGCGAUUGCAAAACCUGCAAGUGCUGGAGCUGACGGACGUCGCGCUGGAUGACAGCAUGCUGGCCGUCCUCGGCGAGGCCUUCUCCUCGGCGCGGCUGCCGCCAGCAGCCGUGAAAGGAGCGGCGGCAGCAGCACGCGCAGAACCGUACAACACGUUUUUUCCGAGCGCGAAUGCCGUCGCCGCAUCCCAGCAAGACGGAGGAGAAGGAGACGUGGCGGUAGCAAGCCUGAGGACCCUUGUGCUCGGGCGCUGCGGCGGGGUUUCCGAACCGGCGUUCGAGGCGUUUCUUGACCUUGUCGCGGGGUGCGGGGUGAUCCGGGCGGGGUUGGUCGGGAAACGCGGCAGUGGCAGCGAAGAACGUGGCGGCAGCAUCAGGAGAAGAAGGAGCGGCGGGGGCAGUGAUGGAGAGGAUGGAGCGGCGGUGGCUGCUGCCUCCGCUGGCGGCGGGCUCGCGCUGUCGAGCGUGCGAUUGGAAGGGUGCAGGGCGCUGGGGAACCGGGGGCUUGCCUUGCUGUGCGGUGGCGCGAGGGAGCGACUCAGCGACAUCCAGUGCCCGACGCUGCGGAUGGUCAAGGCGUGGGGCAUCAGGCUGGCGGGAAGCCUCGGGGGCUCCGCCGUGUCUUCCUCCUCCUCCUCCUCCUCGCCCUCCGCGGAGGCCCUGGCCCUGCGGCAGUCUUUCGAGGCCCGGGGGGUUGAGCUCGCGUGGGCGGGGCCCCUCCCUCCUCCGAGUGGAAGGGUGCGAGAACUGCAACCCCCGCGAGAGAACAAGCCCGGUCGUGAGCAGCGGCGACGGGGGCACGGGUGCGGGGUUAACGGCGGUAGUGGUGAGCGGCCAGAGCCAGGAGGCGGGGGAGGUUGGCGUGAGGAGGGGGGGGGCGGUCGAGACGGCGAGGUGGGGGGUUCGGGGCAAGGGCGACGCCCAUGCAGGCUGCAGUGCGGGGCCGCUCCCAAGAUCGAAGACGCUGAGGACCAUUUGGAGGUCUGCCCCCUGGCCCCGGUUGACUGCCUUCUCCGAGCGGAUGGGUGCGAUUGGAAAGGGACGCGGCGGCAGCGGCGGCGGCACCUAGCGGCCUGCCCCAUGUGGCAAGUCAUGUGCCCCGGGUGCUGCCGGGCGGUGCACGUUUCGGGUGCGUUCGUCGCCUGCCUGAGCGUGGGCGGGGUGGGGUAG